UUUACCGUUUAAGGCGCCACAUGCUACAGUUUGGAACCUACUUUUGGAGACGUUGGAUCUGCUUUACGCACGGGAAUUUCUCAGCAAAUGACAACUUGCGAUUGCUCCUCAGCUCUCUUCCUUCAUCCUCUCAGGUCCUUUUGCCUCACUGACCUAAGUCAUCCUCACCCGCUGCACCAGCUUUGACGAAGGAUACUCAAAAAGGCGCCCCUCCGUGCAUCCAAACGCACCAGCGUGCGGCUGACAAUGCGGGAAGGAGGUUUCCCGAUGUCCGCCCCCGUGGUUAUGGCUCUACUUUUGAUCGUUAUAGAUGUAAAGGCCGGCGGGGAAUACUGUCACGGCUGGCGAGACUCACAGGGCGCCUGGAAAGACGGGUUCCAGUGUCCGGAGAAGAUCGACGGGGAGGACGCGAUCAUCUGCUGCGGGAAGUGCGAGCUGCGCUACUGCUGCGCCAGCACGGACGCGCGGCUGGAUCAGGGCAGCUGCGAGAACGACAGGCAGGCAGAGGUACCGGGAACGGGGAGCAAAGAGGACAAGGACUCCCAUGCAGUGCCAAUCUAUGUGCCCUUCCUCAUCGUGGGAUCUGUGUUCGUGGCCUUCAUCCUGGUGGGCUCCGUGGUCGCUGUGUGCUGCUGCCGCUGCCUCCGGCCCAAGCAGGAGCUCUCCUCGGCCGGCGCCGCGGGAAGCGGCGCCGCCGGCGGGCGCCUCCUGGAAACCAUCCCCAUGAUGGCGAGCAGCUCCAGGGGCUCGUCGUCCCUGCAGUCCAGCACGGCCACCUCGUCCAGCUCGUCGGCUCCGCCCGCCGGGGCCCGCCCCGGCCCCGCGCCGCUGAUGCGGGCCCAGGCCUCCUGCUGCCUGCCCCCCGACGCCAGCGUCUUCGUCAACAUGCCCACCAACUUCUCGGUCCUCAACUGCCAGCAGGCCACCCAGAUCAUGUCCCACCAGUCGCAGUUCAUGCACCCGCAGUACAUCGGCUACGCCCACCCCGUGUCCCCUGCCUUUUUAGACCACAGCCAGGGGGGGUACAGGCCCCUCCAGUCCCCCUGUCCUCCUCCCACAGCGGGGUCCAGCGCCACCAGUGACAAUAAAUGCCCUCCAGUGACAGUGUGACGAGGGAGCGGGCCUACAGACCACUCUGCACCUUACUGAAGCAGGGACGUUUGGGAUCCCUUACAAAGUGGAGAAAAGAAAAGAAAAGAAAAAAUACAAGGAGUCCCACUCACAUGAAGGACUUUCAAAGCUGUUCCCCGUCUGGACCUGCCCUGCUGUUGUGUGUGUGUGUGUGUGUGUGUGUGUGUGUGUGUGUGUGGCGUUUCAUAUGAUCUCUUGGCAAAGUGUCACUGAGCUAAGCUAAACCCACGAUGGGGGGUUUAUGGAUCCAUGAGCAAUUCUCUGCAAACUGAAUGUUUUAGGGUUUACCACAGGCCAGGUGGACACUAAUGCACGUUUCAAUGCAGCUCAGAUCGUCCCCACCAUGUGUUUUCGUGCGCAGGGACUCGUAUGCAAAAGUGCGGAAAGAGAUUUGCUGGCUCAUAUGUGCAGGAAUGAGUGACGACCGUUUGAUUUAUAGUAUGAAAAAUGGAUCUUUGAGCAGAAAAAAAAAAGAAAAAAAAAGAAAAGAAGAACAAGACCACAGGCAUUGCUUAGGGACCGUUGCACAUCUGCGGCUGUGAAUAUCCUCGACUGGGUUUAUACAACACGGCUUAGUUUGUUUGUGCUGAAAGCGUGAGGAGAGAAAGGAUGUGGAUAGACGUUCAGUGUGAGCGCGAAGCGUGGACGGAUGUGGUCUUGUGUGAGUAACUGUGAGUGGACUUGGGUGUAAUGGGAAAUGCAGGUGGUGGUGUGAUGUGCUGGGAGGCUGUUGCAAUCUCCCAGCAGACCAUUUAAAAUCUAAUGAAGUGAACACGGGACGCAGACUGUGACGCUCCACCUAACUUAAACCCCCGCCAUCCCUUUCACCAACCACCCAGAAAGAAAGAAAAAAAAAACAGCCCAGAGCAGAAACCCACUCACAGACCCCCAAAUAGGGCAGGAGUCACACAAAUCUGGUGGUUAAUGUUCCCUGGAAGUGUACCUGUGGCAUGAGCAAGAGUGCAAAUGCACAGCGAGGAAUCUAAAAGCCUAACUCACCAAUUAUUUCCCGUGCAAAGCAGUGGUAACUUUUUUAUAUGAGCCACAUGGGCAGUUGCCCAGGGAGGCAUUAGAAAGGGGGCUGCACCAACACCAGAUAAAAAUAGUUGACUUUGUGGGGGACUGCACUGCUUUCAUCCGGCCAGAGAAUCUCGUUUUCCCAUUUUAUUUGGCUGGAGUAGGCAGCGGCAACGGUGAAAGAUGUGAGAAACGCUGCACGGUUCAGUGAAGUUGCAGCAGCAGGAGUAGCUCCAGGCCAGGUCUGAGUCACAGUUUUCCAGGUGGGGAAAAAAAAAAAAAAAAAAA